UCCUUUUAGCUAAACUAAUUUAACUUAAGCGUGUACGUAUAUUAUGUUUAUGAGCCUCACAUCGUUACAGGACUUUUAUUUUGACAGCCGGUUACCGAAUGUGACGCUUUUGUCUCCUGAGCAGGAUUACAGUGUUUAGUGCAGCAGCAGCAGCCGCAGGAGACUGUUGGAGGUUGAGGUGCUUCAGGGCUGUUUAUUGUUCUGGAUCGGAUCAGGUGCUGAUAGUUAGAGCGCGGGUUGGACAGGUGUUUGCUGUGGUUUAAAGUAAAGACUGGAUUCUCUGUAGGUGAAUAAUGGAAGGGUGCUGCAGGUUUCCCCCCGAUCUCCAGUAAAGUGGAGCAGCAGAAGAUCCAGCUCUGAUCAGCAGCAGCUCCACACCUCUGUACUCAGACUGAUCUGCUGGAGGAACACCAUCAUCAGAUCACCUGUUGCAGAACUGAAUGCUAUGCUGUUCCAAGUCAUCUUCUGAUACCAGUGUCAACAUUACUAACUGGAGGAAGUUUAGCUGCAAAAAUGCAAUCAGAAGAUUUCACCAAAUAUUCCAUGCUGCUGAACGAAGGGGAGAACAUGGCAUCCAGAGAAAUCUCAGAUACUCAGCAAACACCCUCUCUUACACCUCACAGCCACAUGCAAGAAAGUACAGGCAAGAAGAAAACUCACCUCUGCUCAGACUGUGGGAACAGUUUUAAUAGUCCAAGUGGUCUCCACCGACACCAGCUCAUUCACACAGGAGAGAGACCGUUUCACUGCUCAGACUGUGGGAAAAGUUUUAAUCGGCAGUGUACCCUUAAAAAACACCAGCAAAUUCAUACUGGAGAGAAACCGUAUCACUGCUCAGAGUGUGGGAAGAGCUUUAAUAGUCCGAGCCGUCUCCACCGACACCAGCUCAUUCACACAGGAGAGAGACCGUUUCACUGCUCAGACUGUGGGAAAAGUUUUAAUCGGCAGUGUACCCUUAAAAAACACCAGCGAAUUCACACUGGAGUCAAACCGUAUCACUGCUCAGAGUGUGGAAAGAGCUAUAAUAGUCCGAGUCGUCUCCAACAACACCAGCUCAUUCACACAGGAGAGAGACCGUUUCACUGCUCUGACUGUGGGAAAAGUUUUAAUCGGCAGUGUACCCUUAAAAAACACCAGCGAAUUCACACUGGAGAGAAACUGUAUCACUGCUCAGAGUGUGGAAUGAAUUUUAACCAAAAGAGUUAUCUCCGAAAACACGAGCGCAUUCACAUAGAACAUAAACCAUGUUACUGCUUAGACUGUGGCAAGAGUUUUAAUCGUCUGAGUUAUCUCCGAAUACAUCAGCGCAUUCACACUGGAAAUAAACCAUAUCACUGCUCAGACUGUGGGAACAGUUUUAAUCAUCCGAGUUCCCUUAAAAAACACCAGCGCAUUCACACUGGAGAGAAACCGUAUCAGUGCCUAGAGUGUGGGAAGAGUUUUACUGCACAAAGUAAUCUCAGAGAACACCAGCGCACUCACUCUGGAGAGAAACCAUAUUACUGCCCAGAUUGUGGGAAGAGUUUUAAUGUUCUGAGUAAUCUCAAAUGCCACCAGCGCCAUCACACAGGAGAGAAACCGUAUCAGUGUUUAGACUGUGGGAGGAGUUUUACUAGUCAGGGUCAUUUCCAAUACCAUCAGCUCGUUCACACUGGAGAGAAGCCGUUUCAAUGCUCAGACUGCAGCAAGAGUUUUACUACACGGAUGAGUCUCCAGCGACACCAGCGUAUUCACACUGGAGAGAAACCGUAUCAGUGCCCAGGUUGUGAGAAGAGUUUUUCUCGCAAGAAUUAUCUCCAAAACCACCAGCGCUUUCACACUGGAGAGAAGCCGUUUCAAUGCUCAGACUGUGGCAAGAGUUUUACUGCACAGGAAAGUCUCCAGCGACACCAGCGCAUUCACACUGGAGAGAAACCAUAUCACUGCACAGAAUGUGGGAAGAGUUUUACUUAUCAGACUAGUUUACAAGUACACCUGCGCAUUCAUACUGGAGAGAAACCAUAUCACUGCUCAGAGUGUGCAAAGAGCUUCAGGCAUUUCACAACAUUUAAGACACACAAGUGCAAAAACCAUUCCAGAUCCCAACCCUGACAAUUUCUGAAGCAUAUUCAUAAAACAAUGUAUAGUUAUAGGUACUAAAUGUUAUGUCCAGCUUUCAGGCCGUAUACUGAAUAUAUCCUUACAAGCCAGAGAUCCUGAAGUAGAUGAGAUCCAGUAUAUCUGUAUAACACUAUAUAUGUAUGUGUGUAUGGCUGUCAAUGUUAAAGAGUUAAUGCAUCUCAUUCAUUUGGAAUCAGUAACGCAUAAUUUUUUUUUAAAUCACAAGUUAAUUAUGCCACCAACUUUGACCUCAUCUUCGGCUGUAAUCUGCAGAAAAUCUCCAAUGCAUCCCCCAGUGUGCACUGUCUAGUUGUAAUCAAUUGGAAGUCAACUCAUUUUACACUCAUUUUAACUCCACUAUUGAAAGUGAAUAAAAAACACAGUAGAUAUUCUGUUGUCUUUUAUACCAAUUUUGUUAUAUUAACACAUUAAUACAUACUAUAAUUGUUCAUUAUUAUAAUACAGCAAGCUGUAAUUGAUUGAUGGUUUAAACUAAAGUACAGCAUCAUUUGAUUUGAUAUGUAAUACAUAUUUAAGUUCCUGUUUUUUCAUGAGACUUACUGACUUACUCACAGCCUUACUAACCAGACUCAGAACCUGCUGUUGGACAAAGGUGGCUGCAGAACUCUGCAACCAAAGUAGUCAGAGUGCAGAAGAGCAGGGGGCUGUUGCUUGGCCAUGGUUGUCCAAUUAAAGACACUUCCGAGUAUGGGUACUCUUAAUGUCCAGGUGAACUUUUUGACUUGCCUUUUAACCAUGACAGAGAUUUACCUGACCAUGACUUGAACUCUUGACAGCACCAGUAACAAUGAAAACCCAUUGACUGACCUUAAUGCCAUCUCUAUAUAUUUAACUGUUUUCCAUGGAUUUUGUACUGACAUGUAUGCCAGCUUCCAUCUGUUCUGUAUGUUUUUGAUUUGCAUAGGGUUUAGUGUAAUUAUCAUGUUUCAUAGUAAUUUGUAUUAAUGUGUUGAGGUUCAUAUGCAUGUUGUAUUUCUUGUAGUUUUGUCAAACUUCAAAUAAACCAUUAAAAGAGAUGAACUGGG